CCUUUUGUUUGACCGCAGGGGAAGCACUACAUUUGGCCAGAGAUUUCGGCUACACCUGUGAAACAGAGUUCCCUGCCAAGGCGGUGGGAGAGCACAUUGCCAGGCAGCACAUGGAACAGAAAGAGCAGACAGCGAGGAAAAAGAUGAUCCUAGCGACAAAACAAAUAUGUAAAGAAUUCCAAGACCUUCUAAGUCAAGACAGAUCACCCCUCGGAUCCUCCAGACCGACUCCAAUAUUAGACCUCGACAUCCAGAGACAUUUAACACAUUUCAGUUUGAUCACUCACGGUUUUGGAACUCCUGCAAUAUGUGCUGCCCUAAGCACUUUCCAAACUGUUCUCAGUGAAAUGCUGAACUACUUGGAAAAGCACACAUCGCACAAAAACGGCGGAGCGGCGGAAUCCGGCCAAGGACACGCCAACUCGGAGAAAGCCCCCCUGCGGAAAACUUCAGAGGCUGCUGUGAAAGAGGGCAAAACAGAAAAGACAGACUAGCUACAUCAAACAGAAUCUAUUUCGAGAGAGUCUUGCUGCUGAUAUUUUUUUUAAAUAUAUAUAUCAUUGAGGGCAAUUUAUCUCCAGUGGACC